AUGACUGGCCACAUAUAUGAAAUAGGUUCACAAGUGAAAGAUAAUGGACCUGAAAUAUACCACCAAGAAGAAAAGGGUAUUGAUACUGCACACUUGGAAGAAAAAGAUGGAUUAGAGGUUUUAGACAAAGAGUCAUUGAACGAAAAAUUGGUUAAAAAUUUAGAGCUUCCUGAAUCAUUAAGAGAUUUGACUGAUGAAGAAUUUGAUGCUUUAGAAAAGCGUACCAAAAGAAAGAUAGAUUUGAGAAUUUUGCCUAUGGUUGUGCUCAUUUACAUUUUGAAUUACUUAGAUAGAAAUAAUAUCGCAUCUGCUAGAUUAGGUGGUUUAGAAGAGGAUUUAGGAUUAGUUGGUUCUCAAUAUCAAACGUGUAUUUCCAUUUUAUUCGUUGGUUACAUUUUGAUGCAAAUUCCUGCAAAUAUGUUCUUAAACAAACUAGGCAAGCCUUCAUUGUUUAUUUCAUGUAUUAUGACUGCUUGGGGUAUCAUUUCCACAUGCACAGGUGCUGUUCAAGGAUAUGGUGGUCUUAUGGCAGUAAGAGUGCUUCUUGGUUUCGUUGAAGCAGGAUUUUUUGGUUCUUGUUUAUACUACUUAUCUUGUUGGUAUACAAGAAAAGAAUUAACUUUAAGAAACUCCAUUCUUUACUCUGGUUCCCUUAUUUCGGGUGCUUGGAGUGGUCUUAUCGCAGCUGGUAUUGUUGAAAAGAUGGAUUAUAAAAUGGGCUUAAGGUCAUGGCGUUGGUUGUUUAUUAUCGAAGGUGCUAUCACUGUUUCAAUUGUUCCUAUUUCCUACUUUAUUUUACCAGAUAUGCCAUCAAAUACCAAAUUCUUAAGUCAACAAGAAAAGGAUAUAAUUAUGUGGAAAUUAAGAGUAGAGGUUGGUCAAGAUGACUCUGAUCAAGAAAAUCAAGAAUCUUACAAAGGUGCUUUCCUCUUGGCUAUUAAAGAUCUUAAAAUAUGGUUACUUACGAUCACCUUCUCAUUCUUAGUUGCAGCCUGUGGUGUUACUAAUUUUUUCCCUAGUGUUGUUGAAACAUUAAACUUCGACAGAAUGACAACUUUAUGUCUUACCGCUCCUCCAUAUUGUAUUGCUGUUGUUGCAACAUUUAUAUGUGCAAGACAUGCUGAUAAGACCGGUGAAAGAUAUUUCCAUGUCGUCAUCCCAUUAGUUAUAGCCUUGAUAUCAUUUAUUAUAUCUGCGGCAACCUUAAACACUGGGGCAAGAUACUUCGCUAUGUGUAUUAUGAUUCCUUCGUUAUAUUGUGCAUUUACAACUAUUUUAUCUUGGAUGUCAAAUUGUGUUCCAAGACCUCCUAUGAAAAGAGCUAUUGCAAUUGCGAUAAUGAAUUGUCUUGGUAAUUCAACCUCUAUCUGGAACUCUUAUUUGUAUCCAUCUAGUGGAGCUCCACAAUAUAUGGUUGCAUUUGUUUGUAACUGUGUCUUCAUAUUAUGUUCAAUUGUUGCAGCUACUUUAUUAAGACAAAGAAUUGUCAAAUUAAACAAGAGAAUUGCUUCUGGCACUAUGAAAUGGGAGAAUGAAUUAGGGAAGGGUAAUGACGGUUCAAAAAUCUCACCAGAUUUCAAAUACUUAUACUAG